GAUACCCUAACACACGAAGCUGUCGCCAAUUUGCUUUUAUAUCGGCAUGCGUACAAUUUCAAAAACAAAACGCUGUCUUCGGGUAUCAAGACAUUUAGUUGAAUGCCUCAAAUUUUCAAAAUUCGAUCAAUAUUCGGAAGCUUCAUUACAUUAAAGCGAGCACAAUUUUCUGGGAAACUUGUCUUUUUUGAGUGUCUCUUCAGUUACUUGUGAAAGCGUCUGCUGAUAUUGACGGGAUAUGUGCGUCUAGAAAUACGGACUUACAAAUCGAUAGCUACAGUGAAUUUUGUACAGAUUUUUCAUUGUGACUUUUGACUAUUCUUCUGAAUGCACCGGAUUGGAUAUUCUGUUUACAACUGUAGUCAUGCAGCCCCGUACAUGAAGACCUCCUUAGGGAUCAGGCAGCUCCUUUUCUGGCGGGCUUGAAUCUUCUGACGGAUUGCGUGACAUUCUUUUCCUCUUUACAAACAAAUAAUUUUAACACCAGCACGCUAUCUACGUGACUCGUAUAGGAUAGCAAGUCUUACUGUCUUAGAAGUGAAACGAUAGAAAAUUCCAUUACUUGGUCACUGUUUACGACAGAAAUUUUUGCACAUUAUAUCUUGGAUACACUCUUUCUCUUCAAGUUCCUCCAUCUGGUCUUGACGAAUAUAUUUCCUGAAAAAAGAUAAAAAAAAAAUCCAACAAGAACAAAUUCUAAUUUCUGUGCUCAUGCCUUGCAUGUAGUUAAGCGGAAAGACAAAAUGCUCUUCGAAAUUGAAAACACAAAUUAUUUUGUUAGCAACAGACAAUAGUUGUACGUCUGCUAAAACUGAUUACUGGAAAUUUUCGCGCGCUCUGUUCUACAAACCGUGAAACUGGAUAAAGUCAAUCGUAUAGCUGACGAUUCAAAGUAAAUUACUGUCAACUGUGCGAACAGAUUGCUGCGUAUAGUAACAAGAUAAAAAACGGAAUUUCUGCCGGAAAAAUUGGCACGUCAGUAAGCAGAAGGGUCUGACAGAAUGGUUAAUGUAAACAGUGUUAUUGAUAUGACUUGAUAGAAUGUGAUCAAUCGGAAAUAGAUAAGAUACAAGUGUUCUGAAUAGUGGUUAGAAAAUAAAUACAGAAUAAAUACAGAAUAUUUACGGAAUACAUACGGAAUAUGUAAUAUUACUCACAUCAUUUAACAGUGAUUGAAGUGUUUUUAGUGCAAAUUGUUUGAUUUGAUAUGUCUACGAAUUUUCUCUGAAAAAUGGAAAGUUUAAAAAUAAGCACGAGAAAAUAUUGAAGAUGCCUGUAGAGUAUUACUGCUAUUGGAAAAUGUUCCGAUGUUUAGAGGAGUGAAAAUUAAGUGAUAUAAAGGAGUGAAAAAAGCACACGUUUGGAGAUAUUCUUUAAUAUAAUGUGAGUUAUUGAAAUAAUUUUUUUUUGUCAUCUUAAUUAACGAGAAAUUAGGUCAGUGCACGUGCGAUGCAGUAUGACAAGUAGCAUUAGCGUUAAUCGAGUGACUGAUUCAAGUCUUUCAAUCAAAUACACCCCUUGUGCUAAAGACGAACAGACGGACGAAGAUGAGUUGGAGGAAAUAUCAAUCAUUGACGAUAGACAAGAUGGCGACCAAAGCCUCAGUCUCCUCAGCAAAACUGAGGACGACCAGUCGGAAAACGACGACGACAUGCACGAGAAUCACGACCCGGACAGCGAGAAAACAGAUAUUGAAAUCAACGGACCUAAACUCCUCCCGGGCUCAGCAAUCAGUAUUAUGUCAUCGCCGAAUGACAAAACCAAACUCAUAGGCGAAAGACUUAGCUCGGGAACAGAGCUUUCUUCGCCUGUAAAUAGUAAAAUAACUGACACCAAAUCUAACAGGUCACGAACAACAUCGAGACAAAGUAUAUUCGAGUUGGUUCGGGUACGAACGACUCGAAAGCCGUCACGUGAUGACUUUAACUUAAUAAAAAAAGUUCGAUCAAAUGACACAGUGACAUCACGAGGAGUAAGGAGACAAAGAAGAAAAGAUAUCCAAACUCGAUUCGGUAAGAAAAGUAUUCGUUCAGAUAACAGAUUUGAGACAAACACACAAGUUUCAGAGAAAGAAGGAUGCAACUGGACCUUUGUGUUUGACCCCUCGGGUCGGCUGAGCUAUUGGUGGUCAUCCAUUGUUAGCGUAGCGUUUAUUUACAACUUCUGGGUAAUCAUUUACCGAUUUGCUUUCCAAGAGAUCAAUGAAUCUAACAUGUCAGCAUGGUUUGGCAUGGACUACCUAGCCGAUUUUAUUUAUGUUUUGGAUAUAGCAUUCCAUUUUAGAACUGGGUAUUUGGAAGAUGGAGUGUUACAAACUGACUCGACCAAAUUACGUAUACAUUAUAUGAACACAACAAAUUUCUAUAUAGAUUGUCUAUGUUUACUGCCGUUAGAUUUUUUGUAUUUGUCCAUUGGAUUUUGCUCAAUUUUACGUUGUUUUCGAUUAGUGAAAGUGUACAGGUUUUGGACGUUCCUGGAUCGGACAGAAAGGCAUACAAAUUAUCCAAAUGUUAUACGAACUACAACAUUGAUGCACUAUUUGUUAGCAUUGUUCCACUGGAACGCGUGUUUAUACUACAUAGUUGCCACGAGAAUUGAACACCACUCUGAUACUUGGAAUUUUCCCAAGGACAAUGGUGACGUCAUGCGUCAGUAUCUACACGCGUUAUAUUGGAGUACGUUGACGUUAACGACAGUUGGCAAUCUUCCAAUGCCUCUAACAAAUGGAGAUUACGCAUUCGAAAUAUUUGAAAUGAUGUUCGGAUUACUUCUGUUUGCAACCGUCCUUGGUCAUAUAUCAAAUAUUGUAUCUUGCAUCAGUGCUGCAAGGAAAGACUUUCAAGCCAAACUUGACAACGUGAAAACCUAUAUGUCAUUGCGGCGUGUACCACUCCGACUCCAAGACCGUGUGAUCAAAUGGUUUGACUAUUUAUGGAUGUGUAAUAAAUCGACCGACGAAGAGAAAACACUCAGCUUACUUCCUGAUAAAUUGAAAGCAGAAAUAGCUAUUCAUGUGCAUUUGGAUACAUUAAAACGUGUUGAAAUUUUCCAACAAACAGAGGCAGGUUUCCUUUGCGAACUCGUUUUGCGGCUAAAUCCUGUUUUAUUUUCACCUGGGGAUUACAUAUGCAGGAAAGGCGAGGUUGGGAAAGAAAUGUAUAUUGUAAACAGAGGUAGACUUCACGUGGUUGGCGACAAUGGCAAAACAGUUCUGGCAACCCUGAAACCUGGAAGCUACUUCGGUGAAAUCAGUAUUCUGAACAUGGGUACUUCCGGAAAUAGGCGAACAGCUUCGGUUCGUUCCGUUGGUUAUUCUGACUUGUUUCGUUUAUCAAAACAAGAUCUCUGGGACGUGUUAAAAGAAUAUCCUGCAGCUCGGGUCAAGCUGGAAGCUAUAGCCGUAAUGCGUCUGAAAAAGACUGAGAAGAAGCCAAUAGAAACAGUUGAUUUAAAACGUAGCAAAAGUACACCUGGUUUAGUAGAGUCGUCUGGCAAGAUUCCGAUGCAGACGAGAUCUAUAACACGCCACCACACACUUCCGGCUGGUCUUCCAACUCAUAGGUCUUCCAUAGAUCCUCAACAAUUACCUUCCCAUGAGGGAUAUCCGGCCACUUCAACUGAAGCUCAAACUUCCGAAGAACAUUCUCACGCAAUUCAGCCAUCUGACCAACAACAAACUGAUCAUCAGGAAACUCAAAUUAGAACUGUUUCUAGCGUAACUUCAUUUUUAACGGGAUCACCUUUAGUUACUUCCCCUGUUCCAGUAGAUAACCAGGCGCCAAUGUUCCAUUUUAGUCCGCCGCUCACACCAGGCCCUCCGAUGCAGUACGCAUCACCAUAUCAUAUUCAAACUAAUCCUAAUAUUGUUGGUAAUAUUUGUGCCCCUGGUUCGGAAUUUAUACCACGUGAUGUGUCUCAUGACUAUGGUAUUCGCGCACCUGCUCAAUUUCCACAAGGAUAUUAUCCUUACACUCAUUAUACACAACCGAUUGCUUCAACUGGUGUUAACACUGCAAACUCUCAACAACCUAUGGCAUUCUUGUCUCCGUUUUGUGCCUCAUCAGGAUUUGUUCCACCAAUAUCACCAAACUCUUUUCAUUCACGCACUGGCAUUCCGUCCGCCAGUCCAACACAGCCAAAUUCAAACGGUACAACUCGAAGAGGAUCUGCGCAUCAGACAGUGGAUGGCCAAGUGCCGAACAGUUCCGUACAAUUGUUCAACGAUGCUUCUCAUGACACGUUAGUAGAAGAAAUAACCCGUCUCAGGGAAAGACUGAAAUCUGUUGAAUCUGAAAACGUUGUGAUGGCGGCAAAAUUGAAUCAGCAACAGUGGGAACUCGAACAUAGGUUAUCAGAGUUAGAAAUGCAGAUGACAUGUACCAGUGAUAUGGCAAGCACGGGUAGUACCGAUGAUCCCUCAAAUCCUUUUGAAAAUAUCAGCAGAGAAUCAAUUAUUUAAGAAUAACAUUUUACAUAUAAAUAUUGAAUUAUUUUUAAAUCGAUACGUUUAAGGCAUAUCAACAUAAAAUGUGCAAAGCCAGUACCACUCCGUUAAAGUAUGGUGUAGUAUCAUUAUUCUUUCUGACACCAAAUGUCACAUGUUGUUAUUAAGUCUAAGAUGAAUAUCAGUACUUAAAAUUAGUUUGUCGUAAACGUGUCUGAUUAGAUGGGAAUUAUAACAGCACACCAUUUAGCAAUAAACUUCUUAUCGUAUACUUUUUGUCGGGACAAACGUUAAAAAGCAAACAGUAUACUGUCAUAUGUUGAGUGCUAACACUUUUCAUGUAGUGUUUGUUUUACUACAAUUUAAUUAUUUCUGAUUUCUUUUUAUUUCAAACUUUGCAAAACCGAAAAGUUCACCUUUCCUUGUUGAUUUCGUUUAUCAUAAUUUUUUUGCAAAACCUAAUUCUUUAAAGAUUGAAGACAACAUAAUUAUGAUUUGUUUCUUAAAGAAAUGUUUUUUUUUUCAAAUAUUUUACGUCAUUUGUCCACUGGAAAGUUACGAAACACUUGUUUUGGUAAGAAAUUAAUUGACGUCGUUUGGUUUUUAAAAACCGAAACGAUGAUCAUUUUUGAUAUACGGGUAUAUUCACUGGCGGGGAUAGUGCUAGGACCUAGAUCCUCAUCUCUAAGACUCUAAACGUAAUUGCUAUGUUGUAUGAUCAUUACUCACAUACAAAUCACUUUGUUCUCAAACUUGAAAUUUAAAACAUUGGCAUAUGUUUCACAGUGUCGAUUUAACAAACGCAACUUGUAUAUACAUAAUUGAAUUUCAAAUUCGGUAGACAUGUAGAAUAAACAGGUUGUGACGUAUAGAAGCAUAUUGUAUGAUGACAUGAUUAUUCAUAAUUUAUGAUAUAUGUUACUUUUGAUUUAUAUGUUUAUAUUUAAAAAAAAUCAACUCAUUCCGAAGUUAUUAUAUCACAUUCCAUUGUUUGAUAAAUAAUAACUCUUUUAUGUGCUGCACAUGACACUCAGUUCUGAGAGAAAUCGGCUGACGCCAUCAGUUCAUGAAACAUACAUGUACGUAAAUUUUGUCAGAAGUGUAUUUCCUACUUGUUUGCCUAAUCACUUCGCUUAAGAAGUUUUAAGUUUUGUAUUAAUUUAAUGUACUUAAGGCAUAAAAGGUGGUUACAUAUCGUUUUCUGUUGCCUAAUAGCAAGUUAGCAAAUCGAUAUAUUUUAUUAUAAUAUUUUAUAAAGUAAUGAAUGUCUGAUAUAAUCAAAACCUAAAGAUAUACACUUGUAGCAAAUUAUUACAAGAUAAUUAUAGACUUCCAUUAAAAAUUUAUUAGGUUUAGAAAAAUCAUUUAUUUGUGAAUUUAAAAGUCAAUUAAAUAACUAAUUAGAAAAUGGAUUAUGUUAAUUCAGAAAGUCUGAUACAUACAUAUUUAUAUGUCGGGAACUUUUAUGUUUGAAGCAUCAUCAUGAGAAUUGUACUUGAACUAGAAAGAUCGGAAUAUUGUUUUUACUGCAGAAAGCUUAUACAUUGUAUAGUUGACUCUUUUUUGUCGUAAAUAAGCAAUCAUGCCACUGUUAAUUUCAUGUUAACUGCUGAAAUAAUUGUUUUAGAAUGUAGUUAUGUUAUAUUUUACCAAUAGAAAAAAACCCUUCUGACGGACCUGUUAAACUUGAUUAUUGUUUUUUGAUUUUUAAUCGUCACAGUUGUUAGCCAUAAUUAUCCUUAUCAUCAACUUUUCAGUUUUAAUCUAUAUUUUAAGAAAUUCAUUAUUUUAUAACCAUUUUGCUUAGAGUUCUUCCUUAAUUGCGAUUACAUUUUCAAAUGCCUGUUUCCUUAUGAAAUGUGUUGUUACUGAUUCUACCAUCACUAACCUUCUUAUUUUAAGAUUAUAAAUAUGAGGAGAUGCCAUUUUCUACAUUUUUUAAAAGAAACUGAUAUAAUUAUCUAAAUUCGUAAUUGCACAAUAACCAUCAGAAGUAAAUACCAUUUUUGUUAGCGAUUUAGAACAACUAAGAUGAUUAUUAUCCUCGAAAACUGCGCUGAAAUAGUAAAUAAAAAUAGUCACCAAGAAGCAAAACGCAACGGAAAUUGUAUUAUAGGUGCUACUCAAUCAUUUGAGAUUUAAAAAAGGCUAAAAGCAAAAUUUGUUUAAGCCAUAAUGCAAACGACGAAUCAGUAGCAGAAUAAAACAUACUAAACUUGAAAAAUAAUUUUUAGUAGUGUUGGGAAUAAUUGGGCUUCUAGAUAUAAUUUGUGAUAUAUCCAACAGGCAAUAUAAUUGCGCUAGCAUAACGCUAUAAAUAAGCGUAAACCUUCGGGUUUUAUAGUUUAUUCAUUUGAUUUAAUAAUCAAUUUUUCAACACGUGCGGUAUCGAAGAACCAAUUUUGAAAUGUUAUACAUGUAGUCACAGUUCUGCAAUAACAUUGAUAUUGAGUUCAAAUCAUCAUAGGUAUACUUUUUGAUAUAUCCAACAGGCAAUAUAAUUGCAUAUAAAUAUAUUUCACGUUUAAGCAAUAAUUGCCAUUAUAUGUAAGCAAUAAUGCCAUUAUAUUCUAAUUAACCAGUGAAAUUGGCAUCAGGAAAACGAAUGUGUUGAUUAUUGCGAUUGAUAAGCUUAACAUUAUUUGUGUUGAAGCAAUUUUGACACAUGAAAAUUAAGUAAACAAAAAAUGAACAUAUAGGAUUAACCUGCUACACAUCAUGUUAUAAUAAUUUAUUCUUGUUAAAUAUUAUUUGUACGUUUUUUUUACUUUAUAUUCAGGAAUAUCUAUGUUGCUUACCUUAUGAUAGGCACUCGUGUAUAUUCUUAUCAUAAAACUACAAUACCAUUCCGUCUAUUGUAAAAUCCAACUUCUGUCAUAAUUACACCCUUCCAUUGUUAUGUUUUAUUGACAUAUUUUUUAUUAUUGCAAUAUGUUUUUAUUUCUUGUAUUUUAUCAUUUUUCUUGCCCUUGGCAUAUUGAGAUAACAUUAAGAUAAUGAAUUGUUAUUUGUUUAUUCUUAAUAUCUUUUUUUCUUUCAUUAUAUAAUAUUGACAGCAUUUUGAUUAUAUAUCAAUUAUUAUAUAAAAAUAUUCUGUAAAUACUAGUAUUUUAUUAUUGCAUAUGAUAUGUUAUCAGAUGAUAUAUUAUCUAGUUAAUAAACAAAGCGAC